GUUCAUUUUGUCCGCUUGCGACUUCCGUAGUGGAAGGUUUUAGAUUAGCAUCUCAUGCUAUGUUUCCAGGGCUACAAAUAUUUAAUUUAUUUGCUGUUGAGUGCUGUGGUAGAAGUGAACUACAUAACCUGUUCCAUCACAUAACGUCUUGUGAAGAAGAGUGCCACUGGAGAGCGACUAGGACAGCCUAAGCUGCAGACCAAUGAUAAAUGGCAGACCUUGCCCCCACUGUUGCCAUGGAGGCAGUUCUGAAGCCCAGCUCUGACCUCCCAGAAGACAUGCCUAAAAUCCGAGGCUACGACUUCAACCAGGGCGUUGAUCUCAAGGCGGUGCUGAAGUCCUACCUGACCACAGGCUUUCAGGCCAGCAGCUUGGCUCUGGCCAUCCAGGAGAUCAACCUAAUGAUAGAGAAACGCCUUGAACCGGUGGAAGUAGACGAAGAAAACGAGUAUGGAGAAUCCUGCAAAUCCUCCUGCAAGUCAGGCUGCACCAUCUUCCUGGGAUACACCUCCAACCUCAUCAGCUCUGGAGUGAGAGAGAGCAUCCGCUACCUGGCAGAGCAUAAAAUGGUGGAUGUGAUUGUCACCACAGCUGGAGGAAUUGAGGAGGAUUUGAUCAAGUGUCUGGCCCACACUUACUUGGGAGACUUUAGUCUCUCUGGCAAAGAGCUGCGUCUGAGAGGCAUCAACAGAAUAGGGAACCUUCUGGUGCCCAAUAAUAAUUACUGUAAGUUUGAAGACUGGCUGAUGCCCAUUCUGGAUCAAAUGUUACUGGAGCAAAACACACAGGGAACCCGGUGGACUCCCUCUAAAAUGAUCCAUCGGCUCGGCAAGGAGAUAAACAACACCGACUCUGUCUACUACUGGGCAUACAAGAAUAACAUCCCAGUGUUCAGUCCUGCUCUCACCGAUGGUUCUCUGGGCGACAUGAUCUACUUCCACUCGUUUAAGAACCCCGGCUUGGUUUUGGACAUCGUAGAAGAUAUCCGGAGGCUGAAUGGUAUAGCGGUUUUUGCCAAGAAGACGGGAAUGAUCAUCCUGGGAGGAGGGUUGGUGAAACAUCAUAUAGCCAAUGCUAACCUCAUGAGGAACGGAGCUGACUACGCCGUGUACGUGAACACUGGUCAGGAGUUUGACGGUUCGGACUCGGGGGCCCGACCUGACGAGGCCAUAUCCUGGGGAAAGAUCAGAACAGAUGCUAAACCUGUUAAGGUGUAUACAGAUGCCUCUUUGGUUUUCCCUCUCAUCGUGGCUGAGACCUUCGCUCUACACGCCGACAAGCUGACAGCGGCACAGAAAGCAGAUUAAAAGUGAUCCUGCUGCUUUA